GAGGUGCAGGUGUGUACUUUGCAAUUCAAACUAUGGCCGCCACCCCAUCAAUUCCCGUGAACAGAAAACUAGAAGGCAAAGUAGCCAUAGUGACCGGCGGGGCCAAUGGUAUCGGCGAGACAACCGCCUGCUUCUUCGCCCAACACGGCGCACGCGUAGUAAUCGCCGACAUCCAAGCCGAAAAAGGCCGAUCCGUGGCGGAGUCCAUCGGCUCGUCGAGCUGCAGCUACUUCCAAUGCGACAUCGCCGAUGAAGAACAAGUCAAGUCCUUGGUGGAGUGGACUGUGGAAACCUAUGGCGGCCUGGACAUAAUGUUCGCCAAUGCCGCAAUUCUCAGCGGUGUCGAGCAAACCAUUGUUGACCUCGAUUUUAAAAAGUUCGACCAUGUUAUGCGGGUCAAUGCCUGGGGAACGGCCGCCUGUGUGAAGCAAGCUGCACGUAAAAUGAUUGAGCUGGGUACUAGGGGAGCCAUUGUUUGCUCGGCCGCUGUCACGGGCUCGAUCGGCGCAGAAACCUUCACGGACUACUUGAUGUCGAAGCAUGCGGUGGUGGGGCUGGUGAAAGCGGCGAGCCAGCAGUUGGGAGUUCAUGGGAUAAGGGUUAACUGUGUGUCGAUGUCGUGUGCGGUGACGCCGAUGUCCUCGCAAGUUGGGCUAAGCACCGACGAAGCUGUUGAGAACUUUUUCGGGCCAUUCACCAGCUUGAAAGGGGUAACGCCGAGGACGGCGCAUGUGGCGGAUGCGGUGGUCUUUUUGGCUUCGGGAGAUUCGGCUUUCAUCAGCGGGCACGACUUGGUGGUCGAUGGUGGACUCAUUUGUUUCCCAAGACUUAAUAAAUAAUUAAUUAUUCGACCGUUUUAAUAAAUUUAAUAAUAAGAAGAUUACCAACCAUGCUAAGGAACAAAAAUUCUAUGUUAUUUGUAGGAUUUUUGUCUGAUCUGAGUGCUGGUAAUCUCUAUUGUCUUGAUAUUGUGAGUUUAUGAAUUGAACUUUGCUUUGAUAAUUUC